GAGCGCGGACGAGGCUGUCUGUGAGACGGCCUGCAGCCGCCGCUGCUUCUCGGCGCGCGGGCGCGCUCUGACCCUUCCUUUUUGGACUGCCUCGCGGGCGCAUGCACGGUCGGCGUCCCCGGGCCUCAAACUCCAGGGCCUCGCCGGGCAGGCCGCGGAUCGCCCACCCCUUCCCCCAGUGUGAAUCCGCCGGGACCCGGCCGCCGCCAAGCGCGGGCGCCACAGGAGCGGCGGCGCCAAAGCCGCGCCCCAGGCUCGGAAGAACCGCCCUGAGUGGCAGCCUCGUCCUCUGCAGCCGAGCGGCGGAUGUUCUUUUAAAGAAUUAUUGAAAACGAAGUUUUUUUUUAAUGGCUUUACAGAAUUUUAAAUCGAAUACAAUUUGACAUGACGGCAAAAAAUGUUGGUUUGACUUCUACAAAUGCAGAACUGAGAGGAUUUAUAGACCAGAAUCUCAGUCCAACAAAAGGUAACAUUUCAUUUGUUGCAUUUCCAGUUUCCAGCACCAACUCACCAACAAAGAUUUUACCAAAAACCUUAGGACCAAUAAAUGUGAAUGUUGGACCCCAAAUGAUUAUAAGCACACCACAGAGACUAACCAGUUCAGGAAGUGUUCUGAUUGGGAGUCCAUAUACCCCUGCACCAGCAAUGGUUACUCAGACACACAUAGCAGAAGCUACCGGCUGGGUCCCAGGUGAUAGAAAACGAGCUAGAGAAUUUAUAGAUUCUGAUUUUUCAGAAAGUAAACGAAGCAAAAAAGGAGAUAAAAAUGGAAAAGGUUUGAGACAUUUUUCCAUGAAAGUGUGUGAGAAAGUUCAGCGGAAAGGUACAACGUCAUAUAAUGAAGUGGCUGAUGAGCUGGUAUCAGAGUUCACCAAUUCAAAUAACCAUUUGGCCGCUGAUUCGCAGGCUUAUGACCAGAAGAAUAUUAGGAGAAGAGUUUAUGAUGCUUUAAAUGUGUUAAUGGCAAUGAACAUAAUUUCAAAAGAAAAAAAAGAAAUCAAGUGGAUUGGCCUGCCUACCAAUUCUGCUCAGGAAUGUCAAAAUCUUGAGAUAGAGAAGCAGAGGAGGAUAGAACGGAUAAAGCAGAAGCGGGCCCAGCUGCAAGAACUUCUCCUGCAGCAAAUCGCUUUCAAAAACCUGGUUCAGAGAAAUCGGCAAAAUGAACAGCAGAACCAGGGUCCUCCAGCUCUGAACUCCACCAUUCAGCUGCCAUUUAUAAUCAUCAAUACAAGCAGAAAAACAGUCAUAGAUUGCAGCAUCUCCAGUGACAAGUUUGAAUAUCUUUUUAAUUUUGACAACACCUUUGAGAUCCAUGAUGACAUAGAAGUACUGAAGCGGAUGGGAAUGUCCUUUGGCCUGGAGUCAGGCAAAUGCUCUCUGGAGGAUCUGAAACUUGCUAAAUCACUGGUGCCAAAGGCCUUAGAAGGUUAUAUCACAGAUAUCUCCACAGGACCUUCCUGGUUAAAUCAGGGACUACUUUUGAACUCGACUCAAUCAGUUUCAAAUUUAGACCUGACCACUGGUGCCACCUUGUCACAAUCAAGUGCUAGCUCCUCUUACUGCUGCUGAACCCAGAGCCACCACCAGCCUUCCCAGCUUUCUGGCCUGUCAGAAGGUCUUCAUCUGCUGUUACUGUGGACGACAGCCAGAUGCCUGCCAGCUCCCAGAACGCUGCCCGCUCCACCUUCCUUAUGAGAGAACCUUCCAGCUCCUUGCUAAAACUUGUUUCUUGAAAUCCUCUCUGAGUAUAAAAUGUACUGUGGUGAAGACCUGUAUCAGAGUGGGUGAAACCACUCCCACUUCAGGCAAAAUCAAGUUUGUCAGAAGCACUAGUUCACUUUCAUACAUGUCACUUUCUGACAUUUCUGCCACAGGGCACAGUGACUAUCACCUAAUCACUUCUUGCUCACUUGCUUAUCUCCCGCCUUGCUCAAGAGGCCUGUGGGAAGACUAGGAGGUUAGUUUUCUUUCAUACCCUACCACUUGGCCACAGUUCCCAACAAGCCAGAACUCAAUGAGAAAUUUGAGAAGAAUGUACACGAAGCUCGGAUAUGACAGCCCUGGAGGUUACCACGUCCACUGGGAUGAUUUUCAGAUACUGCUAAAGUGUAAAUAGACUUGUUUUCACACCUCCAGUGAAUGAAGAUUUGUGGUUCUUCCAUCUGAACACACACAAAAAAGUGCUUGCAUAGGAUGUGUUUUUAAAACCUCUCGGUAUUGUCUGCUUUUGUGAUGUGUCCCUAGAGGAGAGACAAGGCCUUUCCCUGCAGGGGAGAGGCCAGUGUUUCUGCAGGAUGGGGUUCAACCUACCUACGAUCUAAAAGAUGAACAGUGUGCUCAAGUUUCAUCAACAUUUGGUUUAAAAAUCACUAUUAAGGGACACCUGGGUGGCUCAGUGGGUUAAUC